UGCGCCGCUGUUCCCUCGCUCCCUCCAUCUCGACUCCUCUUCUUGCUUGCUGCUUGCUUGCUGUGUCUCCCACUCCGCGCAUACCUUACCUGCCUGCCCCCGACCAACCAUCUACCGCUUAUGAUCGAGCUGCACACACUGCAGCGCGUCGCGUGAGAUGGACUGAUCCACGGCGGAAGCGACCUUAUCUGCCUUUGCGGGCUUACAGUACCUGUGUCACACCUGAAACCACCGCCCGGCAUGGAUCUGUCUAGCAUCAUGCAACCCGCUGAGCCUGCCAGGUCUCCUGCUCCAGCGCCAGCAGUGCCCAUAGCAGCAGCAGCAGCAGCUCCGCCAUCACAACCUCCGCUCCCACCUCCGCCUUCGGUCGACAUUACACCCGCGCCCAGUCCGAUGCCGCCCAAGCGCAAGGCUGACCAGCUGGACGAGGACGAGAGCGUUGCAACCCCCCGAGACAACAGUAUACACAAUGGCGACAACGACCGAGACGAGCCCAUGUACACAUCGACCACUACAUCCGUGCGCCACAACAAGAGCGGUGCUACGAGUUCCGUGUACAGCGGGAACAAGAUCAGGCAUUUGAAGAAGGAAGAUGGCAUUCCGCUAUGGCGCAAGGACAUACAAUAUGAUUUCCUCAAGAUCGUCUUCGAUGAUACCACCAAGUGCUUCACCAAGUACAGCGAUGGUACCCAUGGACACACUUUUGCCGACAUCUACAUCGACGCUAUGGCCAAGAGCAGCAAGUGCAGCAAGAUCCUCAAAGAGAAGCUGCUCCAGGACCAGGCGGGGGCAAUUAGCAUGGCGAUGGUGUGCUUGUUGGUCAAUGUAGGGAGAAUGAAUACUACUUUGAAUUUCUUUCCUGAAAUGCGCGCACAGCUGCGAACAUACCACUCCAUUCCUGCCCUGCAAGCCGACCAGGACCCAAAUGCGUACAAACAGCUUCAAGACGCGCCGCGACUGAAAUCCAUUCUCAAAGGAGCCACCGAGGACGAGCCACAGCCCAGCACGAUGGAGGAGAUCAAAGCUGCCUCGAUGCCGCGCACGAAUCCCGUCAACCUCAUCUUCGUCAUGAGCCAGUACGCGCCCAAGAUAAGCGAGGUCCAUUUUCCUCCGCCGCGAGACUUCUUCGAUCUGGUGAUGCGGCCCACGUUGAGUAGCGAGAGCAGAGCUAAGGCGUUCCUGUGGCUGAUCUGGUGGUAUUUGGAGAGUGACUUCAGCAUCGAGGCAACGCAGAAUAACCCAUUCGGUGCCGGCGUGUAUGGCGAAGGGGAGGAGGGCACUGAUGUGCUGCCGCUCAAGGUCCCGACACUGGAGGCCUUGACCGACGAGCAGGCAGAGUUGGAGAACGUGGACACGGAAAGCGAGAAACACUUUGGCGAAGUCAAACGGAAGGAGCGAAUCGCCAUUCUGGCGAGCGAGCCGAGUCCGGCCAUGACCGCUCUAAAACGGGCUCGCAAAGAGAAAGGGCUGACAACCGGCCACAAUCCCGCUCCUAGUGACGACGAGGGUUCUGAGACGGGCUACCACCGCAUGGCGGGACCAACAUCCGUCGGCCGAUCCGCGCUGCACCACGAAACUGCAAGCGACUACACGCGAUCGCCGUCCCCUGCGGCACGCGGCUUCCAGGCAGUCAACGCGAAACCUCUCGCCAGUGGCAUGGGCAUCAACACCCUCCUCAACAGUGAUGAUGCCGCUCCCGAGAACUCACCCUCUCGUCCUGUUCCCGCCGCCGCUCCUGCUAAGAAAGGGCCCGGUCGAGGCAACUGGAGAAGGAACAAAGCAGGCAAGGAGGCAACUGCGACAGCUGCGGGUGCGGCGCCAUCUCAGCCUGUGCCACUACUACCUAACACCGGAACUCAGAUGCAAUUCGUCAACAAUGGGCCCAAUGGUCCCGUUCAGUCGCACGGGGGCUCCUUCGCCUUCGGGAACACCAACAAACUCGCUGCUGCAACUGGCAUCUCCCCUGGCGGUCAGCAGCUGUCUUUCCAGAGUCCAGCAACACACAUCCCGACGCCCUCAUAUCAAGCGCAGAAGCGACACAGAGGUAUCACACAGCAUCAAUCGGCGGUCAUCAACCACCGCAAGAUGCAAAUUGACUACACCUUGGAUCGACGGAUAAGGAAAUCCCACGAGGAAGCGCGAGAUAGGCGGGAAUCCGAGAGCCCCAUCAUUCGUGCUUGGAAGCGCCUGAAGUACAUGCCUGCGGACUACGAUUCAGAGGAAGAGCUGGGCAAGAUCCGCAAGGCCAAAGAUCGAGCGGAAAAGAACGACGAUUGGCAUCGGGGCGCUACUGUGGAAGAUCCAUUCGACAAUGUGGACCUCUGGCGCCGCCCAAGAGUGCUAUACGCCGGAUAUGUGAAGAUGCCCCAGGAGCCUGGCGAUGUUGGCGAGGAGUCCAAAAGCUUGGCGCAGAGCUUUCGAAGAGCCAGUAGGAGACUCGACCGCUGGCAAGACAAUCUCCCGGGACAGGCUAUGGCCCGAAGACUGGAGCGCGAACAGGAGCGCGAGAGGGGACACCCACCGGCAGCCCGAAGUCGAAAGAGUAGUACCGCAGGCAAUGGCGUGGAGCCAGUGGAAGAGAAUGGAGUGCGCCCACACAAACCUGCGAUCAAGCGAGAGAAGACUGAACCGAAACGGAGGCCGAGUGCGAAGAAGGCGACGAGUGGCCGUGGCCAGCAAAUGGAUGUCGAUCCUGAGCCUGAUGACGAGGACGGAGGAGCAGAACUGGACGAGGAGGACAGAGAUCUACUCGCCGAGGUCGAUGCUGACGAGGACGGAAGUGAAGAGGAAGACGAGGAUAUGGAGGAAUAACCAAAAGUUUGCACAUUCUUAAAAGUGCCUGCAACCGUUAGCACAGCUGAAGCGGAUUGAUAAGAGGCAUAGGUUUACGACUUGAGUGCUGGCGGAGAACAUAGUAUACCCGCACGACUGAGAGUACAUGUAUCCUGUUCUUUUUGUAGCAGACUAGGUUUCUGCAAAUUUAUGAGCCUUUACC